ACAACCACGAUCGUGCGAGUAAACACAAACUCAUAACUGUACUGCUUUCCGCCAGGCUCUAUAGCAUACUGCGGGAAGAUGGGUGCUCUAUUAUCUAUCCCGCUGUUGGCGGUGCCCAGCAUCGGCACUGUAAGUCGCAGCCUCCCGUGCGAUGCCUCAUCCUCUUGCUAACACCAGCACAGGUCCUAGGCUUCGCAGCUUCGUGUUGCGGCGCGGCGACUUGCUCAGCGAUAUGUAGCAUGUGCGGUAAAUGUGGCAACAGGUAUGUGAAUCUGAGAUGUGAGGGGCUCUCAUUAGGCAACUAACUAUUGCUGAGUGUCGCCACACGUAUCGCCUAUGCUCUGAUUCUUAUGGUUAACUCGAUCUUUGCCUGGAUUAUGCUCACGCCGUGGGCGAUAAACAAACUACAACAUUUGACACCCGAUUAUAUGACGAUCAGCUGCCCGGAGGGCGCCUGCUAUGGAUGGGUUGCUGUCCACCGCAUCAACUUUGCGCUUGGGAUUCUUCACUUGAUGCUCGCAUUACUCCUCCUUGGUGUCAGGUCUUCGAAGGACCAGCGAGCUGGUAUUCAGAAUGGAUUCUGGGGCCCCAAGAUCAUUGCAUGGCUUGCUCUGAUUGUCCUGUCAUUCCUCAUCCCUGAUGGGUUCUUCAUGGUCUGGGGAAACUACAUUGCAUUUGCAGGCGCGAUGCUAUUCCUCCUACUCGGCCUCAUCCUCUUGGUUGACCUGGCGCAUACAUGGGCAGAAUACUGUCUAUCUCAAAUCGAGGAGCACGAUUCGAAGGCAUGGAGGGGUAUUCUCAUCGGAUCCACUCUUGGCAUGUAUGCGAUCUCGAUCACAAUGACCGUUGUGCAAUACGUCUUCUUCGCUGGUGGGGGAUGCUCUAUGAACAAGGCCGCAAUCACAAUCAACCUGAUUCUCCUGUUUGUUGUGUCGGCGAUUUCGGUUCACCCUGGCAUCCAAGACUACAAUCCAAAGGCCGGACUUGCGCAAUCAGCCAUGGUUGCUAUCUAUUGCACCUACCUCACCAUGUCCGCAGUUUCUAUGGAGCCUGACGACAAGCACUGCAACCCCCUUGUCAGAGGGGGACAGGCGACUAGAACUACCACAGUUGUCAUUGGUGCUAUUGUUACCAUGCUUACUGUUGCGUACACAACCACCCGCGCCGCAACUCAAGGCAUGGCACUCGGUGGCUCAACCCAAAGCAUUAGACUCCCAGAUGACGAGCACGGACUUAUCACCACGCAACCUGACAGCCGCCGUGAAAUGCGCGCUGCUGCUCUCCGCCAAGCUGUGGCUGAAGGCAGUCUCCCCGCCGAUGCACUCCUAGACGACGACAGCGACGACGAGAGUGACACUGGGCGCACGGGCAAGGAUGAUGAGCGCGGCGCGACUCAGUACAACUACUCCCUCUUUCACAUCAUUUUCUUCCUCGCAACGGCCUGGGUCGCGACGUUGCUUACUAUGAAUUUUGAGGAGGACUCGUCAGAGGAUGGCCUCGACUUCGUGCCGGUGGGGAGGACGUACUGGGCUAGCUGGGUGAAGAUUGUGAGUGCGUGGGUGUGCUAUGGUAUCUACACGUGGACUCUGGUAGCGCCAGUGGUUCUUCCUGAUCGUUUUGAAUUCUCGUGAGAAGCUGGUGGGUAGGCGUUGGCGUGCUGCGCGCUGUACAUAGUAGUUUUUCAUACCGCAUUGGUUUAUGUAGAUACAAUCGCGAGUGGAGCCUUAAUAGCAGUCUUGAGGACUAUAAUCUGAAAGGAAAUCUUUUGCCUAGUAAUAAGCAAUACCUUCCUCCAAUUUCUAGUGCCUUGCAGUGUGUCUAUAAACAUCGCCUUUUUAAUAUCGGAUGCCCCCUUUAAAAGGGAUCAAGUCGGUUGUUGCUAUAUUCUUGGUGCGCUCUAAGUUCAAGAAGACAACGCUGCCAGCAUCUAUUCCCACCAGUGUUCGGCGGAUCGUAUCCGGAUCUGAUCCUGAGCCCUCACGGGUAAUAUCAUGAUCCGUGUGAGGUCUGACAGAUAGAUACGGGUUAUAUCCGGA